AUGGAGCAAAUUUCUGCACCGCCAACCUUUGCGACAGCGGAACAGCUUGCACAGCUGCAGGCAAGCACCCCGCAGUCAUUCGACAACAUCGCUCCACAACUGCAUUUCCACCUUGAGCAAUCGACGAUCUACGUGAGCCCGUCGCCUUCGUCACGGCCGACCUGCUUUGAGCUUCUCACAGCAACAGGCUCAUCGAACGGAGCAAAGGAACACGACGGCGAGGAGGAUGACGAAGAAGAGCAAGCCGAGGUGUUCCGCGCUGUUGGCGAGCUGUGGAUUACUGAACGAGAGCUCUCCUUUCUCGCGCUCAAGACCGGCACAGGCUUUCACCUCAGCUAUCCAAAUGUAGCACUGCAUGCUGUCACUCGAACACCACCGAGCUUCCUUUCGACCUCAAUUCUGAACGGCGCAUCAUCUUCCACAGCUCAACCGCAAGAUUUCCAUGGCUGCCUGUAUUGCCAGCUCGACCUGAGCCCGAACGCUGCCACCGCAGAGAUGGGCGUCGAUGGAGAAGAAGAGGACGGCGAAUUUGUCGAAAUGUACAUCUGCACUCCGGACAGUGCGUCUUUGGAUCAACUCUUCGAGGCGCUCUCGCACUGCGCGUCCCUGCAUCCUUCCGGGCCGGUCGAUGAUGACAGUGGUCAUCCAUUCUCAGGCUUUGCACCCUUUGGCACAAGCGGCUCGGGCACCCAGCUAGGCGACGGCAUGGAUGAGGAUGGACACGACGAUGAAGGCGCUUUUGACGAUGCAGACGGAGAUGACGAUCAAGAGCUCAGCGAGACUGGCAGGCGCAAUCUCGCCCACCUCGAGAGUGUCAUGCAAUGGCCCGACUCGGACGAAGCCGAGACACCCUCCCUCGUCGAAGAGCCUGCCGCUUCUCACGUCGCCACAAGCAGCGUCCAUCCCGCCACGAACACGCUCAUCCUGUCCAACUUGCCGGUCGAGUUCUUCAUCCCUCACAUCUGCUCGCUGCUUCUCUCGCUGCUCAACACGUACGGGUCGAUGGUUCGAUGGACGCCGUUGCCGUCGGUGGGGCGUGCUGUCGUCAUUUUCGAAAACACGGAGGGCGCGGCUCUGGCCAAAGCUGGUUUGGAUCGACUUGUUCUGCCGUUUGAGGACAGCGAUGUGCAGGGCGUACAAAGGGCGUCGGUUGAGGAUGACGGGACGAUUCUGAGUGCAGUUUUUGGCCCCGUGACAGAUCCGAGCGCUGAGCCAGAAACGCUGGCGGUGCCGACGACGGACAAGAACUUCUUGAUCUCGCCACCGGGAAGUCCACCGGUAGGCUGGGAACCGAUUCGAGAAGACCCGCCGAACAGAGACACGCUCGCAGACGACCUGAUGAAGGCGCUCGCCGAUCUGCGUGAUACGGGCAGCCACAUCGAGUCGCAUCAACCUCGAGUAUGGGGCGAGGCUGUCACCGAGGAAGACCACACAGCAGAGCGGAAAAGCGGAGGAGCCGGUACGCCCGAGGUGAUUCUCGCCCCCACCACCGCACCGGCGAUGCGCCCCUUCCAGCCGGGCUGGCUUCGAAGCAGUCAAAGCAAGGCAGAGUCGGAGCCCGCGGAAGAGCAGAUUGAUUUGCCGGGCGUCACAGUGCAAUCGUUCGACGGAGACGAUCAGAACGACAAUGUAGGCGGAGCCAGGCUGUACAACGGGUUCAGCAUCAGCUCAGUCAAGGCGACCGUCGAGUCGAUGCGUGGACCCGUAUCGAAUCUAGGGCUGGAUGCCGGGCUGGGUGGCGGUCUCGGUGCGGCAGAUCUAGAUGGGAGAGGAGGACCCACCAGACGUAUCACGCCCACCGGCCGACCGCCGUUGAAUGGGCAGGAUUAUCCCGCUGACGCCUGA